GGUGGCUGCUGAGCUGAUCUUUGUGCGAACGAAGCAGAGCGGUCGCAGAUAGCAACUGGCAGCAAACACAUACAGAGACGGCGGAGGAGACAGCUUUUAUCCCCGAAAAACAACACCUACAACGACAAUACAGUGACAGCGACUGCCUUAAAAUGGUCAUCUGGUGAGGAUUGCCCAAGCUUUUAGGUGGAGGAGUGGCAGACAGCGCCACCCAGGCGUGCAGAGUGGGACUGCAUCCCGCCCCACAAAACGUCAUCCAGCAUCCCGAAGCGCUGCCGCCCGAUGGACCGCGCACUCUGAGAGCAGAGCGAGAGCCAGGACAGACACCAAGCGAGGAGCGGAGCGGGGGGAGAGGACAGGGAGGGCAUUGUUCGCUAAGGAGAGCACACGGGCUCCACGAUGUCGUCGAACAGGACCCAAAACCCCCACGGACUGAAACAGAUAGGCCUGGACCAGAUAUGGGACGACCUGCGGGCGGGCAUCCAGCAGGUUUACACACGGCAAAGCAUGGCCAAGUCGCGCUACAUGGAACUCUACACACAUGUAUAUAACUAUUGUACCAGCGUGCACCAGUCCAGCCAGGGCCGGGGCUCCGUGCCUCCAGCCAAGCCCCCUAAAAAGUCCACCACCCCGGGCGGGGCUCAGUUUGUAGGCCUGGAGCUCUACAAGCGGCUCAAAGAGUUCCUGAAGAACUAUCUGACCAGCUUGCUCAAGGAUGGCGAGGAUCUAAUGGACGAGUGUGUGUUGAAGUUUUACACCCAGCAGUGGGAGGAUUACCGUUUCUCCAGUAAAGUCCUCAACGGGAUCUGCGCCUACCUCAACCGUCACUGGGUCAGACGAGAGUGUGACGAGGGACGCAAGGGCAUCUACGAGAUCUACUCGCUGGCACUUGUGACCUGGAGAGAAUGUUUAUUCCGACCUCUCAACAAACAGGUAACAAACGCUGUGCUGAAGCUGAUUGAGCGGGAGCGGAAUGGCGAGACCAUUAACACCCGGCUGAUCAGCGGGGUGGUUCAAUCCUACGUUGAGCUGGGUCUGAACGAGGAGGACGCCUUCGCCAAAGGCCCCACGCUGUCCGUGUACAAGGAGUACUUUGAGUGUCAGUUCCUCACGGACACAGAGCGCUUCUACACCCGCGAGAGCACCGAGUUCCUGCAGCAGAACCCCGUCACAGAGUACAUGAAGAAGGCGGAGGCUCGUCUGCUGGAGGAGCAGCGGCGUGUGCAGGUGUAUCUCCACGAGUCCACACAAGACGAGCUGGCCCGGAAGUGUGAGCAGGUCCUGAUCGAGAAGCACCUGGAGAUCUUCCACACCGAGUUCCAGAACCUGCUGGAUGCCGACAAGAAUGAAGACCUGGGCCGGAUGUACAACCUGGUGUCCCGCAUCACAGAUGGCCUCGGAGAACUGAAGAAACUUCUGGAGACUCACAUCCACAACCAGGGCCUGGCUGCCAUCGAGAAGUGUGGAGAGGCCGCGCUCAACGACCCCAAAGUGUACGUGCAGACCACGCUGGACGUCCAUAAGAAAUACAACGCCUUGGUCAUGUCUGCCUUCAACAACGACGCCGGCUUUGUGGCAGCGCUCGAUAAGGCGUGUGGUCGCUUCAUCAACAACAACGCCGUCACCAGGAUGGCUCAGUCCUCCAGCAAGUCUCCAGAGCUGCUGGCCAGAUACUGCGACUCUCUACUGAAGAAGAGCUCUAAAAAUCCAGAGGAAGCAGAACUGGAGGACACACUCAACCAAGUGAUGGUUGUGUUCAAGUACAUCGAGGACAAAGAUGUUUUCCAGAAGUUUUACGCUAAGAUGCUGGCCAAACGUCUGGUCCACCAGAACAGCGCCAGCGACGACGCCGAGGCUAGCAUGAUCUCCAAACUCAAGCAAGCAUGCGGCUUCGAGUACACGUCCAAACUGCAGCGCAUGUUCCAGGAUAUUGGAGUCAGUAAAGACCUGAACGAACAAUUCAAGAAACACCUGACCAACUCUGAGCCUCUUGACUUGGACUUCAGUAUCCAGGUCCUCAGCUCUGGGUCUUGGCCUUUCCAGCAGUCCUGCACCUUCGCUCUGCCUUCCGAGCUGGAGCGAAGCUAUCAGCGCUUCACUGCAUUUUACGCCAGCAGACACAGCGGCAGGAAGCUCACCUGGCUCUACCACCUGUCCAAAGGAGAGCUGGUCACUAACUGCUUCAAGAACAGGUACACGCUGCAGGCCUCCACCUUCCAGAUGGCCAUCCUGCUGCAGUACAACACAGAGGACAGCUACACCGUGCAGCAGCUGACCGACAGCACGCAGAUCAAAACUGACAUUCUGGUUCAAGUUCUGCAGAUUUUGUUAAAAUCCAAGCUGCUUGUGAUGGAGGACGAGAACGCCAACGUGGACGAGGUUGAGUUCAAACCCGAGACCGUCAUCAAACUCUUCCUGGGAUACAAGAAUAAAAAGCUGAGGGUGAACAUCAACGUACCGAUGAAGACGGAGCAGAAACAGGAGCAGGAAACGACCCACAAGAACAUCGAAGAGGACCGGAAGCUCCUCAUCCAGGUGACUGUUCACACAUCUUAUAUUCACCUCACAGCCUUAGAAGAGAAAAACACUGAGACAAACAUGAGAUCUGGUGGAAGGUAGUACAGGGUUCCCGCG